AUCGUCGGGCCCAUGAAAGCCGUGGCUGAAGAGAUGGACUUUCAAUUGCAGCUCUUGGACGAUGUGCCUGAGGCCUGCGCCGUUUCUUACGAUGAUGUCCAGCUGUUGGCUGAUGCUACGCACCCGAACCCAAAGCACGUCUUGGGAGUCCAGGUCAUGGGACCUUUCGUCGUCCUCCGUUGCUGGGUGAGUGGUGCUGAAGCCGUUUCCGUGAUCAACGAGCUGGAGAUUUUCCUUCCUGAGUGCUCAGAUGCCAAAGAGGAUCCGCCCGAGAAGGUGCCGCUUUUGCCUGUGUACCAUUGCCCACCAGAAUGUCCUUGGCUAUUUGAGCGUGCUUUCCUGUACACAGGUAAAGAAGACAAGUCCCAACUUCAGCACUGGAACUACGACAUCAGCGUCCAGUACAGUGGUGGCCACACGAGUGUGUUGACCUACCCACACUCUUUAGGACCUUUGCUGCCAGAGUCUUUCCUAACCGGCUGGGCUCAUGGGAUGACGGAGACGCCACCAGCAUCCAUGUUUGGUGCCCAUCACAUGGAGCUCCACACUCACAAGCCAGGACUGUGGGGAACCCGCUUUGCAGUCUGGGCGCCAAGUGCACAUUCUGUGAGCUUGGUGGGUGACUUCAAUUUUUGGGACAGCCGAGCACAUCCUAUGUUUUGCCGGGAGAAGUUUGGCGUGUGGGAGAUCUUCCUGCCAAAGUGGGAUCUCAGAGGCCAGAAGUAUGCCUACCACAUUGACACACCACUUUUUAAGGAGAUCAUCAAGGCAGACCCGUAUGCCUUGGAAUUCGUUGAUGCUGCGGAGGGCCACGAUGCAAAAGUGCCCGAGUACGACGACUACAGCCGCUCCGCAUGGCAUGGCAACUACACUUGGACGGACCAGGAGUGGCUGGAGAAGAGGUUUGCCAAAUUUGGGGGUGAAACCUGGUCCUCGCGACCCUUGUCCAUCUACGAGGUGCACUUGGCCAGCUGGGCGGCAGAUGCAAAGAACUAUCGGGACAUUGCGCAGCCACUGGUUCAGCAUCUCAAGGAACUCAACUUCACCGCAGUCGAAUUCCUGCCAGUGACACAGUAUCCUUGCGACCAAUCUUGGGGAUACCAAUGCGCUGCUGGGCUCUAUGCAGUGGAUAGACGCUUGGGCACUCCUGAUGACUUCAGAUUCCUAGUUGACACAUUGCACAACAAUGACAUUGCCGUCUUCAUGGACUUUGUCGGCGCUCAUUUCGCAAAGGACGAAUGGGGCUUGGUGGAGUACUGUGGUGUGCCACAGUACGAGUACGAAGGUAAUCUGGGAGAAAUUCCUGGUUGGGGAACAGCUCGCUACAACUACGCAAAAGCGGAAGUUCAAGCAUAUUUGCUUGGUGCAGCCCAUCACUGGAUCGAUCAGUUUCACAUUGACGGAAUGCGCGUGGAUGCUGUGGCGGCGAUGAUUUACAAAAAUUUUGGUAAAGAGGAAGACGGAGAUGCCAUUAUGGCUGGAAAGGGCAAAAUCAACGAGGAUGGCAUCUCUUUGCUUCGGCGUCUUUGUGUUGAGGUGCGUAGCCGACACCCUGGUGUACUGCUUUCCGCGGAAGAGUCCACCAAUUUCAAGUGGGUUACUGACCGCCCUGCUGAAAACGGCACUGAACGUCAGAGAGGCGACGUCAGAGAUUUGGGAUUCCACUUGAAAUGGAAUAUGGGCUUCACCUAUGAUGCGGUCUCCCUCUUCGGAGCUGAUUUUGACCAGCGACCUCAGCUGGAGACUUUUGGAUGGAAGAGGUUGGCCUGGUUCUUGAACUAUGCCUUCAACGAGAGGUGGGUCCUCCCUUUCUCUCACGACAACAUGCGGUGCAAGAGCUUGGUGGACCAGAUGGCUGAGGAUGAAGACAUGGGCGAUGAUUGCAAAUACGCCCAAGCACGCGUGUUGCUUCUGUACACCAUUGGGAUGUUGGGGCGGCCUUUGCUCUUCAUGGGCUCCGAGAUAGGUGAGCCUUGGUGUUGUGCCAAUUCGGUCGACUGGGAGUCAGCGGCUCUUGAUCCCCAAAAGAUGCAGUUGAAGCGGUGGGUGGCAAAGUUGCUCAAGCUUUAUCGCGACCUCCCAUGCCUGCACAGACAAGAUGAUCGAGCAGAUGGUUUCCACUGGCUGGACAAAGAUUCCGGAAGUCAGUGCGUCUACUGCUGGAAGCGGAUGGCAAGACAUGAGCGGGAGGCAAUUGUCGUCAUCAACGCUUCGAAAGAUUACGUAAGGGAGUACUACGUGAAUUGCGGUGAGCAAUGCGGAGCUUGGGAGUGCAUAGCAGCCACAGCCAUGGACGACGGCAGCUUCACCCCACGGACCGAGCGGGUCACUUUGGGCAAGGGACGCUUUUGUACCGCGCUGCCUCCGUUGUCAGGGCAGAUUUGGGUCCCCAACGCUCCCAGGCCUGAGCCCGUGGUGAUCAACUUUCAAGUUCGUCAUGAGGAAACGACUCAUGGAGAUUCUUUGCGAGUGGUGGGAGAUUGCCCGGAGCUUGGAGACUGGCAUCCCAUGGAGGGGGCGAAGUUACGAACCAGCAGCAACGCCUUUCCUUAUUGGACUGCCACCGUGAAGGUCCCCCGCGAUUUGCCGUUUGUGGAGUUCAAGUUGGUGACUGUCUCUUCAGAGGGAGAGACCACAUGGGAGCCGAUCUAUUUCAACAGAUCCCUGCACCUGAGUGGUGAGAAAGAGGAAUGGAUCUGCGUCGAAUGGGGAGAAUAAGCCGCUGAAGCCGUUUCGGCUGGCCAUUCCUUGGAGAAAAGGCAAGGCUUGGACCAGUUGCUGAAAAUACCUGUGACUGACUGCAGGUCCAGACUGGUUCCACUCAUUUUCCUGGGGUAUUUCCG